AUGUUCACGCGCGGGUACGCUGAGGGCGGCGAGGAGAAGGUCAAGGGCUCGGUCAUUGGUAUUGACUUGGGUACCACCAACUCCGCCGUCGCUGUCAUGGAGGGCAAGGUCCCUCGCAUCAUUGAGAACUCCGAGGGUGGCCGCACAACCCCAUCCGUCGUCGGUUUCACAAAGGAGGGCGAGCGUCUCGUCGGUAUCGCCGCCAAGCGCCAGGCUGUCGUCAACCCCGAGAACACUCUUUUCGCUACCAAGCGUCUCAUCGGCCGAAAGUUCACCGAUGCUGAGGUCCAGCGCGAUAUCCAGCAGGUCCCAUACAAGAUCGUCCAGCACACCAACGGUGAUGCCUGGCUCGAGGCCCAAGGACAGAAGUACUCGCCUUCCCAGGUUGGAGGUUUCGUCCUUGGAAAGAUGAAGGAGACCGCCGAGUCCUACAUGGGCAAGAACGUCAAGAACGCCGUCGUCACCGUCCCCGCCUACUUCAACGAUUCCCAGCGUCAAGCCACCAAGGACGCCGGUCAAAUCGCUGGUCUCAACGUCCUCCGUGUCGUCAACGAACCCACCGCUGCCGCCCUCGCCUACGGUCUUGACAAGGCCACCGACAACGUCGUAGCUGUCUACGACUUGGGUGGUGGAACAUUCGAUAUCUCCAUUCUUGAGAUCCAGGCUGGUGUCUUCGAGGUCAAGUCCACCAACGGUGACACUCACCUUGGAGGUGAAGACUUCGACAUCACUCUCGUCCGCCACCUCGUUGACCAGUUCAAGAGGGAGCAGGGUAUCGACCUGAACAGCGACCGCAUGGCCAUCCAGCGUAUCCGUGAGGCCGCUGAGAAGGCCAAGAUCGAGCUGUCUUCCUCCUCUCAGACCGACAUCAACCUGCCCUUCAUCACUGCCGACGCUUCCGGUCCCAAGCACAUCAACACCAAGCUCACCCGCUCCCAGCUUGAGAAGAUGAUGGACCCUCUCAUCACCCGCACCGUCGAGCCCGUCCGCAAGGCCCUCAAGGACGCCAACUUGAAGGCUACCGACAUUUCCGAGGUUAUCCUCGUUGGUGGUAUGACCCGUAUGCCCAAGGUUACCGAGUCUGUCAAGAGCAUCUUCGGCCGUGACCCCGCUAAGUCGGUCAACCCCGACGAGGCUGUUGCCAUUGGUGCUGCUAUCCAGGGUGCUGUCCUUGCUGGUGAGGUCACUGACCUCCUCCUGCUCGAUGUUACUCCUCUCUCCCUCGGUAUUGAGACCCUCGGUGGUGUCUUCACCCGUUUGAUCAACCGUAACACCACUAUCCCCACCAAGAAGUCCCAGGUCUUCUCCACCGCUGCCGACUUCCAGAGCGCUGUCGAGAUCAAGGUCUACCAGGGUGAGCGUGAGCUUGUCCGCGACAACAAGCUCCUCGGCAACUUCCAGCUCGUUGGCAUUCCCCCGGCCCACCGUGGUGUACCCCAAAUUGAGGUCACCUUCGAUAUCGACGCUGACUCCAUUGUCCACGUUCACGCCAAGGACAAGUCCACCAACAAGGACCAGUCCAUCACCAUCGCUUCCGGAUCUGGUCUCUCAGACGCUGAGAUCGAGAACAUGGUCAAGGACUCUGAGCAGUACGCUGAGCAAGACAAGGAGCGCAAGAACUCCAUCGAGGCUGCCAACCGCGCUGACAGUGUUGUAAACGACACUGAGAAGGCUCUCAAGGAGUUCGAGGACCGCCUCGACAAGGCUGAGGCCGAGAAGAUCAAGGAGAAGAUCGCUUCCAUGCGCGAGUUCAUCUCCCAGAGCCAGUCUGGCGAGGGCUCUGCCACCGCCGCUGAGAUCAAGGAGAAGACCGACGAACUCCAGAACGCCUCCCUGAGCCUGUUCGACCAGAUGCACAAGGCCCGCUCCGAGAGCCAAAACCAGAGCGAGCAGCCUCAGCAGCCUGAGGGUGAGGGCGAGAAGAAGCAGUAA